CCUUUACUGUGAUUUGUUCAAGUAUGAUUUCUGAGUCGUGGAGUUGGAUCUCGCAAGGCAUCACUCUUGCCAACUAGGCAGACACCCAUCUGCUGCCUGAUCACCACAUAGCUACCUAAUGCCAGUGCAAUUUCCAUGGAUACAUAAAAUGCCUAGACAAACACGAGAGUCGAGUGCUACCUUUUCAAAACAAUUCAAUAAGUUCUCGGAGCAGAUCCAUCAACAACACUUCGUCUCGCACUAACGCCCAAACUUUGGCUCGGCCCUACAACCACCCCAAAAUGGCAACUUACUCAAAAACAGACUUGUACGGCGGAGCCAUCACCGCCGAUCUCCCUUCUACAUAUGUAGACGUCAGCUCAUUCCGUCAAGUCCCCGACCACCAAGAAGUAUACGUCGACAAAGAUGGCCUCACAUCCGUAAUCUUCGAAAUUCUCAACUACGUCGGCCCGGAGAUUGCCGCGACAGACGAAGAUGCCCUCAAAUAUCACUUUGAAGAUAUCGCCGAGGGAACGAAUGAUACGACAAAAUACCUGAUAGCGGCCAGUGCCAAGCUAUCAAAGUUGCCAACGACGCCAGUAUACCUCCUUGCAGCAACACAGACCCCAGCGCCAGCUGAGCCUUCGCCAUUUGGCAAACCACCUAAGCCGCAGCCAGAUUUCUACGGCAUUCUGUUGAUUUUGGUGCGGUUGCCGCAGAAGAAGACUGAUAUAGUAGUCACGAUCAAUGUACCGCAUGUGCCGGGCGAGUAUGUCAAGGAGGACGUGGACUUACAGGCGCAAAGGCUAGGGCCAUUGAUGGAGACCGCGAUGGAGAUGAGGGGCAAGGUCUUGGAGUCAUUCGAAAUCAGGGAGUGGGGGCUAUUUGGGGAGGAGUAAAGAACAUCUCGUCGGCAAAAUAGGACCGGAGAGUCUGCAUGGAAGUGUUUGCAUGGGAUACGACAGGAAAAUUGAAUCAUAGAUACAAAAGUUGGUCGGUUUACAAGGGUAAGAUUCCAACGUAGAUGGCCAAAUGAAGCAAUCGAUCAAAAUGACAAGGGACCGCAAUUGACAGUCUGUUGAAAUUACCAGCUUGCUGCAAACCUAGAGCUCGCAACUGAAUAGUCUAUGAUACAACCAACACGUGCGGA